AUGGCAGCCAUUCUGAGAGCAAAGCCCAAGGUACCAAUAUCUUUUGAGGAUGUGUCUGUGUACUUUACAAAGACAGAAUGGAGGCUUCUGGAUCUCAAACAGAGGAAUCUCUACAAGCAGGUGAUGCUGGAGAACUACAGCCAUUUGGUGUCAGUGGGGUUUGCUUUCUCUAAGCCUAACCUGGUGUCCCAGCUGGAGCAAGGGGAGAAGCCCUGGAUUGCAGACAGAAAGAGGACUGCAGCAGGAUCCUGUGCUGGAAAUGGGAUAAAGAGCAAGAUUUCAAGGCCGAAACUCUUUGGAAGAGGGCUCCUCGGAGACACCUCGAGAUCCAUGGUGCAGAGACGUCCUCACGACUUCAGGCCAAAUUCCAUUGUAAGGUACCAGCACUCCAGAAUCGCCGAUAAACGGUAUCUGUGUCAGCAGUGUGGAAAAUCCUUCAGCCGCAGCUCCAAUCUCAUCAAGCACCGGAUCGUCCACAGCGGUGAGAAACCGUACAAGUGCAGCGAGUGCGGGAAGGUGUUCCGGCGGAGCUUGGCACUGCUGGAGCAUCGGCGCAUCCACAGUGGCGACAAGCCCUACGAGUGCGAGGAAUGUGGCAAGACCUUCACGCGCAGCUCCAACCUUAUCAAGCACCAGGUCAUCCACAGCAGCGAGAAGCCGUUCGUGUGCCAAGUGUGCGGGAAGGUGUUCCGGCGGAGCUUCGCUCUGCUUGAGCAUGCGCGCAUCCACAGCGGCGAGCGGCCUUACGAGUGCGGUGAGUGUGGCAAGACGUUCAGCCGCAGCUCCAACCUUAUCGAGCACCAGCGCACCCACAGCGGUCAGAAACCCUACAUCUGUCAGGAGUGCGGCAAAGCCUUCAAGGGCAUCUCGCAGCUCAUCCACCACCAGCGCAGCCACCGCGGCGACAGGCCCUUCUCGUGCCAGGAGUGCGGCAAGGCCUUCCGCGGCCAUUCAGGACUUAGCCAACACCAGCGAGUGCACACCGGCGAGAAGCCCUACGAGUGCAGUGAAUGUGGCCGGGCCUUCGGUCGCCGGGCCAACCUUUUCAAGCACCAGGUGGUGCAUGGCGGGGUGCGGCUCGGACGUCCUGGCCGCUUGAAGGGACUUCGGCGCGGCUGCAUGCUACUGGAGCAUCAGCGGUCCCAGGAAGCAGGGGAAGGCAGUUCGACUGAGCCCCAGCUCAUUGAUGCCAAUGAGAAUCCCCAAGUGUGUGAGCGCUGCGACCAGGUCUUCAAGAACAAGUUGCUGCUGUGUCGCCAUUUGCGCAUUCAUGACGACGAAGAUGACAAGAAACAGAAGUCGAUUACUGUGAGUACCUCAGGUUCGGAGGAGAGGUCGCUGCUCAGCCAGGAUUUGGAAUCCCAGCCCGCAGAAGGAAGCUACAGCGAAAGCAGUGAAAGUUUCCUGUUUGCCGAGAAGGCCCAGGGCCCAUCCUUACCUUGA